AUCAUAUUUAAAUAUAUAGAAUGAAUUUUGUGAGAGAUGAAUUCGAAUAAACUAGGAACAAUCUAUCUUGUUAAACAGAAAAUGAAAGUAGGGAAAACGUUUCUGAAUUUUGGCGAGAGGAUAUUUUCUGAUGCAUACAAACUUAGUUUCCCGAGAUAUGUUAGCGGACAGCAACAACAACAUAUGGCGAGAGGGUUGCCGAAAAAACUACCAAUUGCAGGAGUUGAGAAAGUCAUUGUUGUUGCAUCAGGCAAAGGUGGGGUAGGGAAGUCCACAACAGCAGUGAAUCUUGCCCUGGGAUUAGCUGCAAAUGAUGAGUCAAAGAGAGUAGGUUUACUAGAUGCUGAUGUAUAUGGUCCUUCGCUUCCAACCAUGAUGAACGUCAAUGAAGAACCGGAGUUAAACAAGCAAAAUCUAAUGAUACCACUACAAAAUUAUGGACUGAAAUGCAUGUCUAUGGGGUUCCUUGUGGAGGAGAAUGCCCCGAUUGUCUGGCGGGGAAUGAUGGUCAUGUCUGCCAUACAAAAGUUACUUAGACAAGUGGCUUGGGGUCCGUUGGAUUACCUGGUGGUGGACAUGCCUCCAGGGACGGGGGACACCCAGCUGUCCAUCUCACAGAACAUCCCCAUCAAUGGUGCAGUGAUUGUGUCCACCCCACAAGACAUUGCUCUGUUAGAUGCCAGGAAGGGGGCAGAGAUGUUCCGUAAGGUAGAGGUCCCUGUGCUGGGCCUCGUCCAAAACAUGAGUGUGUAUGUCUGUCCCAAGUGUGGUCACCACGAACAUAUAUUCGGGAAGGAUGGCAUUGAUAAGAUCGCCAAAGCCAUGAAUCUGGAUAUCCUUGGAGACAUUCCUUUGAACAAACACAUCAGAGAGGGGUGUGACUCAGGGAAACCUAUACUAGUUACAGACCCUAACUGUCCAGAGUCCCUCAUCUACAAGGAUAUUGCAAAAAAAGUGGCAGAGAUUUUGAAAAAUCAAAGGGACAAGAUUACUUAAAUGAUAGCAUGUGAUACGAAUGUGUGUUCGUGUGAGCUAAUUAAAGUAUGUGUGCUUGUGAAUGUCUCAAUGGUGUGAAUAAAAUA